AUGGAUGUGAACAAGAAGAAGGAAAAUGCUUCUAUUGCAAGGUUGAAAAGAAGAUAUGUCCUUAAAUCUAAGAGGUCAAAAAAACAAAAAAUCUAUACUCAAGGUCCAUCUAAUCCUUUAGGGGAUAUCACUAACAUAUCAGUUAAACUCAGCAUUAGUAGAUUACAAAACAUAAACAAUGUUAGAACUUCUGAGUUUAAUGCUUUCACAUCCCCUGCUUAUACACCAAGAUUUACUUUUCCCAUCAAUACCCCCACUUUGCCUCAUCACAAGUCCACAACAGGUUCCACAAAAACAUCCCAUUUUCCCAUUAGUAGUCCUACUUUGCGUGAAGCUGGAUCAUCUAAGAAUAAUGUUCACGCAAAAUUAACAACUGUUAGGUCAGCAAAAUACAAUUUCAGCAUCAAUACUCCUAAUUUACCUGAAGAUGGAUUAUCUAAUAUGAAGAUGAAGGAAAAUGUUGCACCAGUUAUGUCACCACCACACAGUUUUCCCAUCAAUGCUCCUACUUUGCCUCAUCUUCGAUCAUCUGGAAAUAAGAUGAAAGAAAACUUCACACCUCUUAGGGGACCAACAUACCAUUUUCCAAUAAAUACUCCUAUUUUUACUCAUCUUGGUUCAUCUCAACAGAAGAUGAACCAAAACUUGACACCUGUAAAGUCACCUACUUACAAUUUCCCAAUCAAUACUCCAACUAUGCCUCAACCUCAAUCAUCUCAACAAAAGGGAAAGGAUAAGAUUACACCAACAAAUUCUACACCUAAUUUUAUGCCCAACUGCACUCAGCCAACCUCCUCAUAUCAGGUUAAGUCCUCAACGAGGAGAAGACCUAAUUUUAAUCAAAUGGGAGUGAAUCUAAUGGAUAGAUUUACUGCAAACACACCUGAUGUGCCUUCUUCAUCAACGCCUAAUGUUGAGAUUAAUGACUCCAGCAAUGGAAUGCAGAUUGAUGAUGAUACCAGUUCUAUAGAUAGUGAAGAAUUACAGGCAUACAUUCCUACACAAGAUAGUGAUGAAAGUGAUACAUCUGAUACCGACCUUGAGGAUCAAGAAAGCCCAUUUAAUGAUAUGAGGCUAAAUGGGACUUCUCAAGUAGGUCAUGGAGAAUAUUCUGAUAUUGGAGAUCCAUCAAUCGAAUGUCAAAAAUGUGGAGCAUGCAUGUGGUAUCAAGAGCGUAAAAACAAAUCAAGGAAUAGUGCUCAACCAAAAUAUAACAUGUGUUGCAGCAAUGGUAAUGUUCAAAUUCCAUUUUUGCCACAGCCUCCGCCAUUGCUGCAACAUUUAAUGUUUGAUCACUCAGCCACUGAGUCAAAAAAAUUUCAGGAUAACAUACGACUAUACAAUAGCAUGUUUGCAUUUAGUUCACCUGGCUUUAAAGUUGAUAAGGGAAUUAAAGCAGGAAAAGGUCCUCCUACUAUAAGAAUUCAAGGUCAAGCAUGCCAUAGGAUUGGAAGUAUGAUUCCAUUACCCGGAAAACGUCCAAAGUUUGCGCAACUAUAUAUAUAUGACACAGACAAUGAAUUAAAAAAUAGAAUCCAAGGUCUCAGUAAUCCGAAGUCGGUGAACAUUGAGACGGCUGCCAGACUACAACAAAUGUUGGAUGAAAAGAACUGCCAUGCCAAGUCUUUUAGAAAGGCACGUGAUCGACUGAGGAACAACAAUGUCCAAGAUUUUAAACUAAAGCUCAUUUCUGAUAGGACAACUGAUGGAAGGGUUUAUAAUCAACCUACUGUAUCCGAAGUGGCAGCGCUGAUAGUCGGUGAUGUCGACUCAGCAUCAAAAAGGGAUAUCAUAAUGGAAAGGCAAAGUGGUCAGCUAGAAAGAAUUGAUGAAUUUCACCCAGCAUAUCUUGCAUAUCAAUAUCCUCUACUGUUCCCUUAUGGUGAGGAUGGUUAUAGGGAUGAUGUUUUACACAGAAAUGUUGUCGAUGGUUGUACCCGGAAAAGAGAAAAACUGACAAUCAGAGAAUGGUUAUCAUUCAGACUACAAGCAAUGAGAAUGGAAGCUAUGACAAUUUUGUGUGCAAGAAGACUAUUUCAACAGUUUUUGGUUGAUGGUUUUACAAUGAUGGAAGCUGAUAGGUUGAAAUGGUUGAGGAGGAAUCAGUCCAAAUUGAGGGUUGGAAAGUACAAAAACUUGAAUCAAACACCAUCAGAUGGAGAUGACCAGUCUGGAAAACAAGGUAAGAGGGUUGUUUUACCAUCAAGCUAUGUUGGAGGCCGUAGAUAUAUGGAUCAACUAUAUUUCGAUGGUAUGGCCAUUUCAAGUUCAGUGGGAUUUCCAGAUUUAUUUAUAACAUUUACUUGCAAUCCAAACUGGCCUGAAAUUCAAAGAGUUGUUGGACCUCUACAUCUAAAAGCACAUGACCGUCCAGAUAUAGUAGUAAGAGUUUUCAAAAUCAAAUUUGACGAACUUUUGAAUGAUUUAACUAAAAAUCAUAUCCUUGGCAGAGUAGUUGCAUGUAACAAAUAUCCUACUCCAGAGCACAUUAACAAGAUUAUAUCUGCUGAGAUACCAAGUCCAGUUCACCAGAAAGAGCUAUACAAGUUGGUUGGCACUCACAUGAUGCAUGGACCGUGUGGUUUAGCAAAUAUCAGUUCUCCUUGCAUGAAGAAAGAUCGUUGUUCCAAAUACUUUCCAAAAAAAUUCCAAAAUGAAACUGUUGUUGACCAUGAAGGGUAUCCUGUUUACAGAAGAAGAGAUAAUGGUAGGCAUAUUCUGAAAAAGGGAAUAACUUUAGACAAUCGUCAUGUUGUUCCGCACAAUCCUUAUCUCCUAAUGAAGUAUCAAGCUCAUAUCAAUAUGGAAUGGUGUAACCAAUCAAGUUCAAUUAAAUACCUUUUCAAGUAUAUCAACAAAGGUUAUGACCGCAUAACUGCAGCCGUGGUUCCCGAUAAGUCAAAUCAAGGUAAUGUCAAGGAUACUAACGCUGAUGAGAUCAAAAAGUACCUAGACUGUCGUUACGUAUCACCAAGUGAAGCAUGUUGGAGAAUAUUUGCUUUCCCAAUUCAUGGUAGGAAACCUUCUGUGGAACGAUUGUUUUUUCAUUUGCAUGGAGAACAAUCUGUGUACUUUAACGAUUAUGAAGAAAUGGAUGAAGUCCUCUUGAAGCCUUCAGUCACGGAAUCAAUGUUUACAUCUUGGCUUGAAUGCAAUGCUCGAUAUCCGGAGGCUAAAUCACUAACUUAUUCUAAGUUUGUUUCAAAGUUUGUAUAUAAAAAGCAACAAAGAACAUGGAAGCCAAGGAAGAAAGGAUUCACCAUUGGUAGGUUGAUGUGGGUUCCUCCAAGUACCGGAGAAGUUUACUAUUUGAGGAGGAUGUUAACUUGUGUUAAGGGACCAACUUCUUACGAAGAUAUCAAAACUGUGAAUAAUAUUCUAUAUGAUACUUUUAGGGAAGCAUGCUAUGCAAUGGGAUUUUUGGAAGAUGAUAAAGAAUACAUAGCUGCAAUCAAGGAAGCAAGUGUUUGGGCUACAGGUGUAUUUCUGAGGAUAUUGUUUGUGACCCUUUUGCUUUCAGCUUCAAUGGAUAGACCAAUACAUGUAUGGAAUAAUACUUGGCAAUGGUUAAGCGAUGGUGUCCUAUAUGAACAAAGAAAAGUGGCUAACAAUCCAGGUCUUAAUCUUACAGAAGAGCAAAUCAAAAAUCUCACUCUAACCUUGAUUGAAAAACACAUGGACAAAAAUAGGAGAUCACUUAAGGAAUUCAAAGGCUUUCCAUAUCCAACUGGAUAUGUCAUGGAAGAACUUGGCAAUAGGCUAAUAUAUGAUGAACUUAACUACGAUGUUAAUGCAUUAAAGGCUGAAUUUGAAACACUGUUCAUUUUACUUACAGCUGAACAGAAAAUGAUUUAUCAGAAAAUCAUUACAGCAGUAAAUAGUAAUAAAGGUGGUGUAUUUUUCUUAAACGGUUAUGGCGGUACUGGGAAAACAUUUAUGUGGACAACCUUAGCUGCAUCUUUGCGCAUGAGGAGUAAAAUUGUUUUAACUGUUGCAUCCAGUGGUAUUGCUUCUCUGUUAUUACCUGGAGGUCGGACAGCUCAUUCAAAAUUCAAAAUUCCUGUUCCUACACUUGAUAACUCAACGUGUAACAUAGACGGAGGCAGUGAACUAGCACAACUUCUCAAGGUUGCUAACUUGAUCAUCUGGGAUGAGGCACCUAUGGCGCAUAGAAAUUGUUUUGAAGCACUAGAUAGAACACUCAAGGAUAUUAUGUCUGUAACUUCAAAUUCAAACAAAAUCUUUGGUGGAAAAGUUGUUGUUUUUGGAGGAGACUUCCGCCAAAUCUUGCCGGUAGUACCAGGGGCAGAUAGAUCAGAAAUUGUACAUGGAUCUAUAAGUUCAUCUUAUAUAUGGGAUCACUGCCAAGUUCUCACUCUCACCAAGAACAUGCGCUUGCAACAAAGCUGCAAAUCAGAGGAUCCUAUUGAACUUAAAAAGUUUUCUGAAUGGAUACUGAAUGUUGGUGAAGGAAAGAUAGCUGAACCAAAUGAUGGUUUUGCUGAGAUUGACAUACCAGAUGAAUUUUUGAUCAAGGAUUUUGAUAAUCCUAUAGAUGCAAUUGUGAAAAGCACUUAUACUGAUUUCUUGGACAAUUACAACAACCCUGAUUACUUGAAGCAAAGGGCAAUUUUGGCUUCAACAAUUGAUGUAGUUGAUUCCAUCAAUGAUUAUGUUCUCACAAUGAUCCCAGGACAAGAAAAAGAAUAUCUGAGUUCAGAUUCCAUUGAUAAAUCAGAAAUCAAUGAUGAAUGCCAAUCUUUUGAAAUACUCACUCCAGAGUUUUUAAGUACCCUUAGAACAUCUGGACUUCCUAACCAUAAAAUCAAACUCAAGAUUGGUACUCCAAUUAUGCUUAUGAGGAAUUUAGAUCAAGCUGAGGGAUUAUGCAAUGGUACUAGAUUAAUUGUUACAAGAAUGGCAGAUCAUAUUAUUGAGGCCAAAAUCAUUUCUGGAAAAAACAUUGGAAAUCUAACUUACAUUCCAAGGAUGAACAUGUCUCCUUCACAAUCUCCAUGGCCUUUUAAACUUAAUAGAAUGCAGUUUCCUAUAAUUUUAUCAUAUGCCAUGACUAUUAAUAAAUCACAAGGGCAAUCUUUGGACAAAGUUGGACUUUACUUGCCAAAACCAGUUUUUGGCCAUGGCCAAUUGUAUGUUGCAUUUUCAAGAGUCAAAAGCAAGAAAGGUUUAAAGAUAUUAAUCCAUGAUUCUGAUAACAAGUCACUUACUUCAACAAUGAAUGUUAUCUACAAGGAAGUUUUUGAAAAUCUAUGGUACUUUUUCUUCUGUCUCCUAAAGAGUAGUAGGAACAAUAAUCAAAUUCCAAUGCAACUGGUCACAUGUGGACUUGCAAGUUAUUUGGGAAGUGUUUCUGACUAUGUUGAAGUUGAACCAACCUUUGUUCAAAAACAUUUCAAUGAUCUGAAGGAUUCAUGGACUAUUUUAAAUCACAGUGAUGAAACACACUGCUUAAAGUUCAACAAAAGUUUUGUCAAUCCUAUCUUAACUAAAGGAUGGUCUGCUCUUCAGAUUUAUCAUGAUUUCCCUGAUAAUGUUGAGAUCCUGUUUGCCUAUUACGGAAAUAAUUUGUACUUUGUGGAAAUGUUCAAAGAGAUCACAGAUAAUACCUGCAUUCCACCAUUUCACAGUCGCAGCAAAAUGCCUCUACAUACCAUUCACUUUGACAAUCAUCUUACUGAAGCUGACUUCAAUAAUUCUGAUAUGGUGGUGGAAGAAGAUUUUGCCAUGUUUAUAAAGCAUAAUGGAAUCCAUAAUUUAACACUUUGUGGAGAUGAUGGCAAAGAACAAUAUUUUGAAGUUUAUUUCCUAACUGAUCACAAUCUUACUACUCUACUUGGCAUUAACUGGGACAAAUUCUGCAAGUCAAACAAUUUCAAAAUGGAGCAAAAAAUCCGUUUCAAAUUCUACACUUCUGAUUUGUCUAAGUGUCAUGUGUAUCCGGUCAUGAUACCUACAUCUUUUCCGUAUACUUUGGGGUAG